AUGGCGGACCAGAAGAUGCAGAGGAGGGCAGGCCAACAGUUCGACGAGGAGGUAUCCGCAAACGUCCUCGAGCUCAUUCAGGAGACGGAGCAGGCCUUCGAGGCCGUCGGAAAUGCCAUCAACGACGCGAGCUCAGUUUCGCGGCUGCCCGACUCUCUCCAUCUCGCAGCGCCAUCUCCAAAUGUACCCAGACACCAUUCCCAAGGUCCAUCUGCGCCCUCGGCCGAGCGUCUCCAGCCCGUCCCGCCGCCGCCUAAAGCGGCAGAACCUAAACUGUCGGCCAAAAAGAGUGGAAAUGCCCUCCGCAGGGCAAUGAUGGAAGGCGUCGGGAGCAAGCUUCUGGGCCAGCGCUUCAAACGCAUCGUGGCUGACGAGAUGCUCACUCCGGCGCGCAUAGAAGAGCUCAAGAAGAAGCGCGAGCAAGCCGAAGCCGAAGAAGAGGCCAAGCUGCAGCUGGCAUGCGACGUUUCGAACAAUGAGCAGAUUGACAUGACAGACACACCAGAGGAGCCCUUCCACCUGGAGCGGUUUGUCACGCACGAUGAUGCCCCGGCUGUGGAGUCGCCUCCGAAGUCUAGCGAGGUCAACGAUAGGCAUUUGAAUGCCGUGACUGACGUUGAAACGACGCAUCUCGCACCCCCGCAACAAGGCGGAUCUAGUCAGGCGUCUGCAGAGUACACGGCCAUGACUGACGACAUGCCCCUUGACAACACUUCAUUUCUCAUGGCCCCUUCUAGAAGCCCAACUCCAGGCAGACUCACGCCAGAGCCGAGACGGCUCUCGACGAUACCUGAGAUUAUAGUGGACUCGAGCCCACGACAGUCGCUGCAGGAGUCGGCAGUCGCAACGACGCGGCAUCAGCAGCGCAGGAACUCGGACGACGAUUUCAUUUAUUUGAAUGGCACCGACAUUUCUUUUACAAAUCGCUCCUUUCGGCAUGGGCCCAUCGCGUGCCACAGGCCGGAGCCGACCAAGAGAGACGCAGAGUUGGAGGUUGACGAGUCGGUGGACUGGACGGCUUUCCACAUGGCCAUCAUGGGCGGCGCCGGAGAUCUCGCCUCGGGCCUGUACGAGGACGAGCAGGAAGACAUGGCUGAGGAGAUGGCGGAGUGGUUCGAUGAGUUUGGAUUCGAGACGCACGGGCAGCUCAUCCCGAGCUGCGAUGACUCGUCACGGAGCUCAUCACAGAGCGAUACCUCGUCGUCGCCAUCAACGGUCGACUUGGACGCGGACCUCCCCAUUCCAGUCCACAUGGAACAGCCCAAUUUAUAUCAUGCGCACAGCCGCAGCGACGGGUCCAUCGACCCGACAGCAGGCCCAUUUGACGCAAUUCGAUUCUUUCGCAGCAGCAGCCUCAAGCGCUGGAGAGCCAUGGAAGAACCGGCGUACUGGGCGCCUUCGAUACGCCGAAACUCGGGAAGGAAGCCGAUGAAGAGGCCGGACCCGUUGGUGGUGGGCAACGAGGACUACGGCUAUGGCGACGUGAGCGAGACAGUUGCAGACAUGGCCCCCAUGAGCUGCAACUUGGAGAACGACUUGGGCGACUAUCUCCGCUGGGGGUCGCAGCACGUCGGCGACUCGAUGUGA